UCUAACCAAAAAGAUUGAAAGAAGAAGAAGAAGUGUCAGUUAGCUUUUGCAUCCAACAAACUUUGCAGCGACAGCACAAAUUUUCCUGGCCAUUUCCUGCGUGAGUGUGGUAGAACAGAAGAUGGCUUACCAUCCGUGUCCCGAAUCGGAUUACACAGAUUCAGAUUCUGAAUUUGAUUUUGCCUUCCCGAAGACUUCAGCACCACGCCAAGUCCCCCAGAAGAGUGCUUUGGAGAUCUUCUUGGACACCCUGGAGAGUGCACUACGAAAUGGAGAUUUGGACGUAGUGCGGAAGAGCUUUGAGAGUCAAGAAUUCAAGUUUGAUCUCAAUGAAGCGUUCCCACAGAGUGGAUGGACACCACUGCAGACUGCUGCUCAUGCAGGAAGUGUGGCUAGUGUGGGAUUCCUUCUGGACAGAGGGGCAGAUGCCACGUUGACGCAUGAUGCCCUAACACCCCUCAUUACGGCUUGUAUGUCACGGUGUGAGGAUGCUGGAGCUGUCCGGGAGAUUGUAGAGAUGUUGCUGGACCAUGGGGCAUCUCCAACGGCUACCGACAGGUAUGGUUUCACACCCUUGAUGCACGCGUGUCAGGCUGGGUAUGUGCCGGUGAUUGAGAAACUCCUGCAGCACGGAGAUCCAGAUGCGAUUGACAGUAGUGGCCGAACGGCGCUCUUUCAUGCCAUUGAGUCAAAUAACAGGGAUGCUGUGGUGUGCUUGCUUGCCCAUGGGGUGUGCAAGGAUGUGGUGGACUUCAAGGGAUUCACCCCGAGGAGUUUGGCUGAAUUUUGUGGGCACGCCGACAUUUUGGAGGUGAUCCCCCGUGGCAGGGGCACCUUUGACAUUCCCACGUGCUACCUCACCUACUCAAAGAUCCAAGACAUUGUGCCCGAUCUCACGGACGGAUCUCGCAUCCCCGCGUAUUUCCCAGAUCUCAAAACAAUCCUCUUUGGCAUGGAAUGCGAUCAUCUUCUGCCCAUUUUUGCUCUCAACAAAAUCAAUCUCGCGGAAUUCCUUUCCCUCACGGACGAUGGGCUACAGCAGCUGGGUAUUCGUCUCCCAUUUGUACGCAAGAGAAUCCUCCGGGGGCUCUUCCUCUUCCACAUGCGCGAAUGGGCAAAGGGAUGCGUUCCGAAUGCUCGCAAAGAUGAGAAGAUUGACUUGUUUGACCUCUUCCGGCAAGCAGCAUCGCAUCUCAAGCAUCUCGUCAUCCUCAAAUCCACCCUCAAUCACAUACACAACAUGCAGCAGAUUAAUUUCCAUCCACCCACGCAGCAGGCUGUAGCCAGUUGUCGGUAUGCUCUUCAUCAGCUCAUUCAGCAAGUUGGGAGCCUCCAGGACAGGAUAUCUUACAUCCAAUCAUUCAACCCCAAGCCAAUCCUCAACAUUGACAUGGAAGCUCUGCAUCGGAGUCGUGUGUGUGAGCGUCGAAAGAAGUUCCUCCUGUACUCUGCCAUUGCCGUGAUCACUGUCAUCGUGAUCCGGAGGGUGAGGCAUCACUAGAGUCGUGGACGAACGGACGGCAGUUGCUCUCGAAGUUCCCGCGCGAUCGGAUCGGUUGUGUGGCUAUAAAGCUCAAGGAGCGGCGUCCCAAAACUAUUUUUAAGCCCCCCACAACACGUUGUAUUUGUGACCCACAAAGCAUCUGCGCCUAAACUUGAGCUAAAUUUAAACACUCUACAACUCCACAACGCCCGAUCUUGUGACUUGCGCGCGGGGGUGUUUGGGCACAGCAAUUUCAUCUAAAAGGGACGAAAAAAGCUCCUUUCGAUCCUUUCGCAAUGA